UAAAACUGUUGAGCCUCCUUCAUCAGUUUAUGUUAUCUAUUUCUUAACGAAGGUGUCUCUCUCUCUCUUGAUCUUGGCGUGGUCUCGGUGGCUUCUCAAGUAAAUGUGAUCCUUUUACUUUUAGUUUACGACAAACAAAGCAAAGCAAGCGAGCAAGGCACGCUCAUAGCAAUCAUCACUUAUUAUGAACUUAAUUAUCAACUAAACUAACGGCUAGAGUUGCCCAUUACUUUAUUUGUUGCAAGUUUCUGUGAAUUUCGCAACAAAUUAAUUUUAGUGUUCUGUUUGCGUAUGUGUAUCCAAUCCAAUCUCGUCAUUUUUAAAGGUUGAAGGGUGUGAAAAUAAAAGUGUUAACAAGUGAGAUUCCAGAAAGUGUAGGUUACGAAAUGAGGAUAAAUAUAAUCGCUCCUUAAUUUGUUAAGAGUUUUAAUUUUGUCGGAACGUAAUUGAAAACAAAUCAGUAUUUUUACGCGAGUAAAUGCCGAUAUAAGUCAAGUUAUUGGAUCGUCGAGUCUCAUUUUGGUUGAGACUUUGAGAAGAGAUUUGGUUCGUUGGGGUGAUUUCUUGUCGAGAAAUUUUCCACCAGAGGAAUUAAAAUGGAAGUAAGUAAACUGUUUGUGGUGAUGUUGGUGCUUAUUUUGGGGAAUAUCUUGGACAACGUGAACGGUGGGGGGGUUGUGGUGGGAGAACAAUAUCCGGCUUCAGUUCCGCAGCAAUCUGCAUACCAAGACCAAGAUGGACAAGAUGUGGCAUCCACAGUGCUAACCAGCGUGGCGUCACUCCAGCAGCCCCAAAGCAGGAUUCAAAAUAUUGGAACCGCAAAUCCUUUCGUGUUCAAUGGAGGACUUACCAGCAGUGUGCAAUCGUACUACCAAAGGACGCCGAAUAGUUUAAAGACCAUCGUAAAUAAUUAUCAGCAAUCUGUCUCAUACCCCACGGGAACAUUGAACACUUUACCUCAUAACGUCAAUGUGAAAGUGACACCGAAAGGACAUCCGCUUAACUUUCCACAAAACAAUCAGCAACAAUUCCUUUAUAAUCCGACACCUUCCAGCUUCCCAUUUCAGCAAAAUCAGAAUCAGCAAAAUCCCACCGUCACUCGGGUCACUUAUUUGUCCAGCGUUGCAACCGUCAACCCUGAAGAUGCACAGAAAGUGAGCCGACCUCGCUUAAACCGACCAACUUCUUCUCCACAGAACAACUUUUUCCAUCCCCAACAACACCAAAAUUUUCAACAGGUCCACGGAAAAUCAUUUCAGGUUCCCGUUAGACCAACGCCAACUGCUCCAACGACUUUGCAGUUCCAACCUCAGCAAGUCCCGAUUCAAUAUCAGCCUCAAUACCACGGUCAACAACAACAACCCCAGUACCAGAAUCAGAAUCAGCAACAACAACUACAGUACCAGAAUCAGCAACAACAAUUGCAGUACAACCAGCUCCAACAGUUUCACCGUCUAAUUAAUCAACAAAGUCCCACCAGCCCCCCAGCCCAUUUCAACCAGCACAACAAUCAGCAAUCACAGUAUAUUUCAAACCCAAAUCAUCGCCUCCGAGUCACUCAGAGUACUCCUACUUCAUUCCCAAACAGUAUUCAGCACUUGAUUCAAGGGAAUCAAGUCUAUCCUACCCCCGCCGGCACCACGGCCACACCCAAUUUCAAAACUACCAAACCUUUCCAUCCUCCUAAAAAUACUCAAGCCCUUCCUUCUCCUCCUCCUCCUCCUCCACCUUCCCCCGAAGUUUGCGUGGGUCGUUCCGUUUCUGGAAAUCUAGGCAAUAAUUACGACUACGACGGACAACAAAUAUUUUCGCCACCCACACAAACCACUGCUCAAUAUCAUGUCGAAACAAGCCAACCACAAUACCAACAUCCUCCAAUUAAAGGCCCCGUCGGAAUUGCCGUGCUUGACCCAUCAAUCCAAAAUGUUCACCAGUAUCUUUCCCCACUUACCUCCAACUCUCUCUCCUCCGAGGGUGAUGUGUCCUAUCAGUAUCAGUACCACCACCAACAGCAGCAACAGCAGCCAGAAAUUUCAUUUCCGGGGAAUACCGGAGGUCAAAUAAUUUAUAGCAAUAAUGAUCAACAAAUCCAAGCUUACAAUCAGGUUCAGACCCAGCCUGCACUUCCACAAUUGCAAGCACAACAACCUAUUUCUCCUCAGUAUGCCCCCCAGUACACGCAACCCACCCCCCAACAAGGUUUCCAACCGAAUAAUUUCCUUCCACAACAGCCGCAGCAGCCCCAAUUUCCUCCCCAAGGUCAGUCUCAGUUUCCUCCACAAGGUCAGCCCCAAUUUCCUACCCAAGGUCAGUCUCAAUUUCCCCAACAAUUCCAAUUCAAUCCUCAACAACACCAAUUACCUCCUCAAGGUCCCAACGGAUUUCUUCCCCCAUUUCCCCCCGGCCAAGGUCCACCCCCACCAGGAUUCGAGCCUGAAAACGGGUACAAUCCAAACCACCUCGCCCCAUUUCCAGAGGAACCUUACGAGUCCGAAUUUGCAAACCAGCCCCCACUCUCCCCCCAGGAUGAAGUAGAGCUUGAAGCGUAUCGUGCCAAAAGACGUAAAUCCCGCAGACGUCAAAAGCAGCAACAGCAACUCAGCCAAGGUUCGGAAGACAUUGCCGUCCAAACGACUGCCACGUUAGAGCUGCUGAAAUCUACGGAGGGGAAACCUGUCCCGAAAGAGUGUGCGUAUAACACGAUCACGAAAAAUUAUGAUGGCGAAGACUGCGUUGGAAUUAGGAAGAAGUAGAUAAAUAGACUUAUCUUAAGUAUUGAUACUAUUUGCUCAUGCGAUGACCAGAAAAAAGUAUUUUAUUUUAUGUAUGCUGCAACAUUUUCACGGAGGUGAAAGUAGGUGUAGCAGAUAGACUGUGAUAGUGUGGUGUAUAAUAUUAAGCACUUAAUUAUUGACUAAUCUUUCUCAUAACUUUGCCCAAUUUAAAUUAUGUGUUUGUAUUUUGCUACUGUGUUUUGCAUGGUCUGAGAUAGACUUUAGAAUUGCCUACUUCAAUUACCAAAUUAUUGAACGAGCUUCAGGAAUUUGCAUUUUUGUUGGACUACUGAAUGGAUUUAAAUGUACAACAAUGAAUAAAUAAAAUGUUUAGAACAUACUCAA